AUGGAACUUGCAUUGCCUUUUGCUCUUAUUUUUGCGCUACUUACUGUAUGUCCAACAACUUCAGCACACCAAAAUCCAGAUUUUGCCAAAGCAAUAAAACAACAUUAUCUUCCAACUCAAGAAAUCGAUGUUCCAAACAGCUUGCUGACUUACAUUGUUCGCGUUGAAAAGCCUGAUGAGGGUGGUGACUUGUAUGCUUGGUACCGUUCGCUUCUUCCAUCCAGUUUCGAAUCUGACCAGAACCAGCGCCGCAUUACUUUCUUAUACCGCAACGUGAUGAAUGGAUUCGCAGUGGAAUUGACCCCAGAAGAAGCCCAAGCUCUUCAAGACAAGGAGGAGGUUGUGUCAGUGCGUCCUGAAAGGACCUUUCCGUUGCACACAACUCACACUCCAACGUUCUUGGGGUUGCAACAAGGACUGGGAUUAUGGCGCAAUUCCAAUUUUGGCAAGGGCAUCAUAAUUGGACUUCUGGACACAGGUAUAACCCCUGAUCACCCUUCUUUCUCCGAUGAAGGAAUGCCACUUCCACCGGCAAAAUGGAAUGGCCUCUGUGAAUUCACGGGACGGAGGACCUGCAACAACAAGCUCAUCGGUGCGAGAAAUUUUGUGAAGAACUCAAACUCAACCCUUCCACUGGAUGGUUUUGGACAUGGGACCCACACGGCAAGCACAGCCGCCGGAAGGUUUGUGCAGGGUGGUAAUGUCUUCGGCAAUGCCAAUGGUACAGCGGUGGGUAUGGCACCUGAUGCACACUUAGCAAUGUACAAGGUAUGUGGCCGCUCAGGUUGUCUUGAAAGUGCAAUACUGGCUGGAAUGGACACUGCCAUUGAAGAUGGUGUGGAUGUACUUUCUCUCUCCCUUGGAGGACCCUCUUUUCCUUUCUUUGACGAUCCAAUUGCACUCGGUGCAUUCAGUGCAGUUCAGAAGGGAAUUUUCGUUAGUUGUUCAGCCGGUAACUCUGGUCCUGAUUAUACCAGUUUAUCUAAUGAGGCUCCAUGGAUUCUCACCGUUGGUGCAAGCACCAUUGACAGAAGAAUAUUAGCAACAGCGAAACUCGGCAACGGGCAAGUGUUCAGCGGGGAAUCCAUUUUCCAACCACACAACUUCAAUCCAACGUUACUACCACUUGUGUAUGCAGGUGCAAAUGGAAACUCUUCUUCGGCCAUUUGUGCUCCUGGAUCCUUGGAGAACGUGGAUGUGACGGGGAAGGUAGUGUUGUGCGAGGUUGGUGGAUUGGUUAGAAGUGUAGACAAAGGACAAGAGGUUAAGAACGGUGGUGGAGUAGCCAUGAUCCUCAUGAACUCAGAAAUUGAAGGCUACAAUCCCCUUGCCGAGAUUCACGUUCUUCCUGCUACACAAGUAAGCUACCAUGCUGGGUUAGCCAUCAAAAGUUACAUAAACUCAACUUCAACGCCAACAGCGACAAUCUUGUUCGGAGGAACCGUUAUUGGGAGUCUCUUUGCACCUGCAGUUACUUUCUUUUCCUCAAGGGGUCCAAGUUCUGCGAGCCCGGGAAUUCUGAAGCCUGACAUCAUUGGUCCAGGACAGAACAUUCUAGCUGCAUGGCCCGUGUCUUUGGACAACAACGUGCCUUCGUUCAACAUCAUUUCUGGCACAUCGAUGUCUUGUCCUCAUCUUGCUGGCAUUGCUGCUUUGCUUAAAAACUCUCAUCCAGAUUGGUCUCCUGCUGCAAUAAAAUCAGCGAUCAUGACGAGUGCUAAUACAGUGAACCUUGGAGGGAAAUCCAUAUUGGACCAAAGGCUUCUACCUGCUGAUGUUUUUGCCACCGGAGCUGGACAUGUUAACCCCUUGAAGGCCAAUGAUCCCGGGCUUGUUUAUGAUAUUCAACCGAAUGAUUACAUUCCUUAUUUGUGUGGCUUGAAUUACACUGACAAAGAAGUUGGACUGAUUUUGAACCAAAAUGUGGACUGCUCCGAGGUGAAAACCAUACCGGAAGCUCAACUCAAUUAUCCCUCGUUUUCGAUUUGGUUGGGAUCAACUCCACAGUUCUACACCAGAACACUCACGAAUGUUGGAGCCACCAAUGUAACCUACUUUUCGGAAAUGGACCCACCUGUGGGAGUAGGCAUAAGCAUAAGCCCUGCUGAGAUAACAUUCACAGAGGUGAAUCAGAAGGCUACAUACACUGUUGGAUUUAUUCCUGGUGGAGACACAAAGAAUCUCACGUUUUCACAAGGCUCUAUCAGGUGGGUAUCUGGCAAAUACUCUGUUAGCAUCCCUGUAGCUGCUGUUUUCGUGUGA